UGUUCCACUUGUGCUCUUCGUCGUCACCUAUUCCAUUUCUAACACAGAGAAUAACCAAAUCGAGCUCCAUCAAUUCUAUUUCUCCGAGAUCGCUCUUGCCAGCCGUUCCUCGCCUUCCUCUUCGAAUCGAACCUCUCGACGCGGAUCUCCGUCUGCUCAGUAACCGAGGCCGAUCGGAGCAGAACUGCCGUACGCUUUGAACGUGCUGAGUCCCGCCGGAAUGGAUCUGACCGUUUUAAGGAGCGGCGUCGGCGGUCCGGCGCCGGACAAUCUCGUGCUCAUCCUCGUUUUCGCAUUCGGAUCAUUCCUCGCUCGCCUAUUGCUCGACCGACUCGUCUACAAGCCUUGUUCUAUGAAAUUAUUAAGAUAUAAAGUUGUUCCUAUGGUGAACGAUGAGGCUCAUUGGACAAAAAUUGCAAAGUCUUGCGAGUCAAUGUGGAAGCUGACAUAUUAUGCUAUUGUUCAAAUAUGGGUAAUUUCAAUUAUCAAGCAGGAGCCUUGGUCAUUAAAUUCAAAGGAAUACUUCAAGGGGUGGCCAAAUCAAGAAUUGAAGUCUUCCUUGAUGCUUUUCUUCAUGUGCCAAUGUGGAUUUUACACUUACAGUAUUGUUGCUCUCUAUGCUUGGGAUAUCCGCAGAAAAGAUUUUUUAAUUACGAUGUCUCAUCACAUAAUAACCUCGAUUUUGAUUGGGUUUUCCUACAUUACCAGGUUUUUCCGAAUCGGAACUCUAAUUCUUGCUCUUCAUGAUACAAGUGACGUGUUUAUGGAGUCAGCUAAGUUGUUCAAAUAUUCAGGAAUGGAAAUGGCAGCUAGCUUGUUCUUUGGACUUUUUGCUAUAUCAUGGCUUCUUCUGAGACUAAUAUACUUUCCAUUCUGGAUAAUCAAGUCCUCAAGCUAUGAAUCUUUUGAAUCAUUGUCAUGGAUGAAUCAAUUCCCUACCAUGUUGUAUUAUAUGUUCAACACAAUGCUGAUUACCCUACUCAUCUUCCACGCAUACUGGGGGAAACUAAUAUUUGCAAUGAUUAUGAAACAGAUGAGCAAUAGAGGUCAAGUGGGGGAGGACAUUCGGUCAGAUUCCGAAGAUGAAGGAUGAACUCUGCCUAACUUUGCAACGAAGGGGGAAAAAAAGUGAAGUUACUCAGCUAACUACACUGCAGAAUGUUAGACAUUCAUCUUUGAGUCACGAUCAAGUGAAGAUAAGUUCCAUAGCUUCUACUUCACUAUGGAUAUAUGUGAUGAAGAAAUAGCCUCAAUUUGGAAUGAUGCAAUCAGAAGUAGGAUUUGGUAUAUACGUAAGAUAUUGUAGAUUUUUCUUAGUUGCUUUGUUAUAUUUCCCACUUGGUUUGCACAGUCGCAAUCCAUUUUGUUGCAUUGGGCCAGACAUAUAAAGGUUGUUUCCUUUCAAACAAAGUUCCUUUGUUUUGAGACAAGUUGUAGGCUUCUCUGCCUUAAUUCUCUAAACAGAUUAAUCAAUUAGAGAAAUUGAUUUGACAAGCUCAUA